CAGUAAUACGCUAAACAGCGUCUAAACUGCCGGAUACUUAGAAGACGAAGAAGAACAUAUGGCGGCCGGAAAUGACUGGGUGGGCUAUCAGAGAAGAAAUAGUUUUUCACCUGUGUCAAUAACUGUCGGAAUACGUAGUUUUUAACUAAAAGUUAGUGACUAGAAUAGGUUUAGAAGGUGGUUCAACUUGUCAUGCAUGUUGUUGAAGUUUAAAAUACACUAUUUCCCGUUUGUUGCAAGACGUUUGCUACAAACGCCUCCUUCGCUGUCAACAACAGGCUUCAUCAUGAGAAAGAAGCUUCUCAUCGACGUGGACUGCGGGGUGGAUGAUGCUCAAGCCAUCAUGCUAGCGCUAGCGGCUCCCAACGUUGAGGUGCUGGGCAUCACUUGUGUCCAUGGAAACACCAACGUGGAAAAUGUGUGUAAAAACACCCUGCGAGUCCUGAAGGCCUGCCACAAACUGGAGACUCCAGUAUUCAAAGGGGCCGAUAAGCCCAUCCUUGGGAAGGGCAUCAACGCGGGCCACUUCCAUGGCCUGGAUGGGCUGGGAGAUGUCCCGGACCCUGACGCUCCUGGUCUGGACCUGAUCCAGAAGGAAGGAGCGGUGUCUGCAAUGAUCCGACUGGUUGACAAGUACCCCGGAAAGAUUUCUCUGGUUGCCACAGCGCCACUCACCAACCUGGCUCUUGCUGUGAGGCUGGAUCCAUCCUUCCCGAGCAAACUCGAGGGCCUCUUCAUUAUGGGAGGCAACACAGAAUCUCGAGGAAACACUACUGUGUGUGCAGAGUUUAACUUUGUAGCCGAUCCAGAAGCUGCCUUCAUUGUGCUGAACGAGUACCUGUGUCCAACUACCAUUGCCUGCUGGGAGUUCACCUGCCACAGCAAACUGAGCUGGGAAUUUUGCGACACUUGGCUGUCCCAAGACUCUGAGAAGGCCCGCUUCAUGAGGCAGAUCUUUGCCUACAGCAUGAAAGCGUCAGAGAGCGAGCGCCUGAAGAAGGAGUUUGUGGCCGGUACCGGCCUGGUCUCGUGCGACUCCUACGCAAUGGCCGCUGCCAUCGACGAAAACAUCAUCCUGGAGAACGACCUCUACCCCUUGACUGUGGAGCUAACGGGCACACACACCAGGGGAAUGAUGGUGAUGGACACAAUAGACAUUCUGAAGAAAACCCACAAGAUCAAGGUGAUGAAGAAGAUAAACCUGGACAGGUUCAUGGAGUUGAUGAUGGACUCAUUGAAAUAAGUCAUUCAGCUUUUUAUGUACUACCUCCUUUUGUCCU